AUGUUACCCAUGGCCAACGAUUCACAGUACAAUUAUCGCAGAUUGUCGACCAACUUUAUUUCUGCGGGCAAAGAACGUAACCGAACCCUCGUAGACAUAGUUGUUGAACAGUCCAUAAAGACCAAACGAGCUGUUAAAAAGUUGUCUGACAUCGGAUACUCUUUGUCCGUUAGAGCUUCAGUGAUCAAGCACAGAGUCCGCAAAGUUGGUCAGCUUGGAGUGGCGGUCUCACAAACCAGCCACAAAGAUGAGACACUUGAAUUGAUCCUCGGUCAUGGAGCUGAGCUGAAAGCGCUCGCAUUCUCUGUUGACCACACCGGCAUAUGUGAUGAAAUCCUCAGUAUCCCUUUUGAUAAUCUUGAGACACUGAUAACGAAUAUCGAACAAGGAACUUUGUUCACCGAAUAUUUGGGCCAGAAUUUUGACAGCAUCUGCGAAACCAAGGUCACGAGGGAGUUUGGGGAGAAUGAAAUUUGUGAACCGAUCGUGUUCAGCUGUCCCCAGUUUCCGCAGCAACAGACGAACUUUCCACGCAUCAUCAAACUGAGCAAAGUCGGUUUGAAACAUGUCUUCAUAUUUCUUGAACCAACUUUCGAAAGUUCGUCCAGAUUCAGCAUCAAAAUUGAAUUCGGUAAUUGA